AUGGCGGGGAAUUGGGAGGAGAUGUUUGGUUUCGGGGAGGCCUGCGGCUGCGAGUUCCGGUUCCAAUCCCCAGGUCAAGAGGCAGGCCAGGACUACGAUCAAGAGGAUCAAGUGCAGGCAACCAAGAAGUGCAACAGCCUGUGCCAAAAGGUCAAGCCCCUCUGCUCUUUCUACUCCGAUCAGAAUUCAUGCAAGGACUGCUUCUCCGAGGAGAAGAAGUUGAAGAACCGAGCGGGAGCACAGGGCGUUGCAGAGUGGGCUAGCACGUUGAAAAAGGAUGACCCCAAAGCCUACGAGAAGCUCUUCAGAACGUUUUCGGCCCACGUGAAAUCUGGAAAAGAUGGCAAGCUGUUCAACGUAUUGCAAUGGAAACAGCAGUGGGUUAGCCGGUCAGGUACCAGAGGUGCUGCGCGCUUCAAGCGCAUGUGGGAGGGUGAGUUCUACGAGUUCAAAGCGACGACGGCCCAGGGCAACAUGACCCGCGAGCAGGCGGAGAUCGAGUGGAAGGAGAUGUUGGCCGACCCUUCGAAGAAGAAGGAUAAGCUCGGUCCCAAGGGCAUGACCCGCAUCAAGAUCAAGCUGGGCGACUACGAGAGCGACUUCGACGAGGACAUGGAGGAGGACGUGGUCGUCGCUGAGGUCGCCGCCAAGAAGAGGGCUACCAAGGAGCAGGAGAAUAUGGACGCGUCCCGUGAUUCCAGGAGGCGCAGGCUUGAAGAUGCUAUGGUUUCUGCGGGUUAUGGCAACAUGAAAACGAAGCUGGGGGUCAUGAGCGAUGCCGAUCUCGCGUCUAUGGCUAAAGGCUCCGACCCCAACGCCGACCAGGCUGCCGACGAGAUCUCGGACGACAGCGGCGAGGGCCCCCCAGAGGAGAAGGUCGAGACCAAACCUGAUGAGAGCAAGAGGAUGGAUUUGGAGGUGUUCCGCAACAAGGUCGAUGCUUCCAUCACGAAGGAGAGACUCAACUUAGAAGCAGCUCUGCUUGACUUCAGCAGCGCUGGGGAGCAGAAGACGUUCGCCCGGGAGCUGGCCGUGGCGAAGAGCCGCGGCAAGGCGUUGGCACUGGUGUCGGGUACUUCGGACAGUGAGCUACACGAAUACAUCAAGUCGUUUGCUACUGCAAGUGAUGACGCGUCGACGGCUGCGGGUGUGGGCUUCGCAGAUGAUAAUGCCAGGAUUGCCGCUGCUCCGCCGUGUUUCGGGUAUGAGAACUUGCUCACGAUGAGAUCGCUCAAAGAGAAGACAUCCAUCCCAGCGUCCCUCAUUACCGAGAAGGAUAUCAACGAGUUUGACGCAUCAGUGCAUGUUCAUUUCAAAUCAGGUUUGGAGCUCGGGAAGUCGGUUGCGAAAGCAGUAUCCGAGCUGUACUCUGCCCGGGUCACGGCGAGGACGGAGCAGAACAAGAGAAAGAUGGCGGAGGAGAAGGAGGCAAUCAAACGGUCUAAACGGAUGGGCAGUGCACAGCAAUCAGGUGGGCAUUCGCAGCAGCAGCAGCAGCAGCCCGACACGAACCCGUUCUGGAAGUGGACCCCCCAGCCAGAGAACCGCAUCAAGACGGUCGAAGCUUGUGAGUUUAAAGAUAUUGGCAUUGCAGACUUGAUGAAGCCAAUCAUUGUUGGCAAAACUACAUUGGCGGACUUGUACAGCAAUGAUAACGACCUCAAGAAGGCGGCUGCGGGCGCCGAGCUCAAGCAGGCGACGGUGGAGAGCGCCACGGCGCUAUUCGAGUCCACCUUGGGCGGCAAGAUUGACGACGAGGCGCGGCUGUCCUUGUCGUACGUCGCUGCCCUGGCUGCCGCCGCCACCAACAUGCGCUCAUACGACGCGGCGGCCUGGAAGACGAGCAUUGCCAUCUGUGCCCCGUAUGGCGACGCGAUCGACGACAUCCGCGUCAAGAUGGAGCUCGCGUCGAAGCCCGCGGAGGAGGUCGAGGAGGAGGACACAGAGGGCGUGGAUCUGUACAAGGGCGCCUUCUCCCUUGCAUACGGUACUCUGACCCUGCUGCGCGAUGCUAAAAUGCACCUGAAGCGCGAUCGUUUCUAUGGGCUUCUCGGCCCCAAUCAGUGCGGCAAGACGACUCUCAUGCGUGCCAUCGCCAACGAACAGCUCGAAGGCUUCCCCAAGCGCGAUGAACUUAAAUCCAUGUUCGUGGAGCACGAGAUCGAGGAUGAGGAGGUGGGAGUACAGGACGACGGCUUCCCGAUUCUGAGUGUGGACAAGCCGGGCUGGUGGUGGGUCAUGCACACGUGCAACAACAUCUACAAGAUGGCGAACCCCAUGACUGAGGAGACGGCGAAGGAGGUCAUGAAAGUCACUGGCUUCGGCUACCCUGGCGGCCCAGACCGCGCUGCCCACCUGGACAACCCCGUCACAUCCUACUCUGGUGGAUGGAAGAUGAAGAUGCAGCUCUGCGCAGCGCAGCUGAUGAACGCGGACGUGCUUAUGCUUGACGAGCCCACUGGACAUUUGGAUGUUGACAACAUCAAGUGGCUCGAGGAUUGGCUGGAGUCCUUCCCUGGCAGCAUCAUCUGCACGUCGCACUUCUCCCCCUUCCUCGACAAGAUGUGCACCCACAUCAUCGACUUCCAAGACCGCAAGCUGAAGACGUUCAAGGGCACCAAGGGCCGGACCCUGACGCAGUUCGUCGAGAAGUAUCCCGAGAAAAAGUCCUACUUCGAGCUCAGCAACGAGAUCAUGAAGUUCGUCUUCCCGGAGCCCGGGGCCAUGGAGGGCGUGAAGAGCCGAAGCAAGGUGAUCCUGAGGAUGGACAAGGUCACCUUCCAGUACCCCACCAAGGACAAGCCCACCAUCAUGGACGUCAGUCUGACCGUCUCGCAGGUCAGCCGCGUGGCCGUGAUCGGCGCCAACGGCGCGGGCAAGUCCACCGCCAUCAAGGUCCUUGUCGGCGAGCAGAAGCCCACGGAGGGCACCAUCUGGAAGGCCUCCGGCCUGCGCAUGGCCUACGUCGCGCAGCACGCCUUCCACCAUCUGGAGAAGCACAUGCAAGAGACGCCGACGCAGUACUUCAUGUGGCGCUUCGCAGGCAACGACGACAAGGAGAGCCUGGAGUUCAAGAGCACCGAGCUGUCUGUGGACGAGGAGAAGGCCAGGGCGACGAAGUGGUGCAUCGAUUCGACCUCUGGCAACGUCAGGAGGUGCACUGACCCCAAGGAAGACGCCAAGAAGGCCAAGGUCGACGAGGCGGGCGCGGUGGUCCCCGACGCGUGCGUGAACCGCCGCCAGAAGAAGAAGGAGAAGACCUACGAGUACGAGGUGAAGUGGCAGUUCAAGGCCAUGGACCAGACCACGUGGGUGGAGAAGGACAUCCUGAUAAAGAUGGGCUACCUGAAGAUGGUGCAGCGCGAGGACGAGAGGCAGGCGGCCAUGGCCGGGCUCAUGACCAAGCAGCUCACCCAGCCCUCCGUGGAGAAGCAUCUCGGCGACUUCGGUGUGGACCCCGAGUCCGCCUCCCACACCCAGAUCAACCAGCUCAGCGGCGGCAUGAAGGU